AUGGGUCUCGCCGCGCCUAAGAAGAAAUUUAAGAUCUCCAAUGAUCCCAACAACACGAAAUGGGCCCGCGCCACGUCCGGCUUUGGGCAUCGCAUUAUGAGUGCCCAGGGUUGGACACCCGGAAAUCGCCUAGGUGCUGAGAAUGCUGCCCAUGCCGAUUUCUUGACCUCGGCUAGCACAUCUCACAUCAAGGUGACCCUCAAGGAUGAUAACCUGGGUCUCGGUGCCCGCGCCGGACGAGAGGGCGAGCCUACCGGGCUUGAUGCUUUUAAGGGUUUGCUGGGUCGAUUGAAUGGAAAAAGCGAAGGGGAAUUGAAGCAGGAUGAGCGGAAGCGGGAGGACGUGAAACUCGCCCGAUACGUCGCUAUGAAAUUCCCAGAGGUUCGAUUCGUCCGCGGUGGUUUGUUGGCCCAAGAAAAACUCGAAGCCUUGCCCAAGAAGGUCGAGGUCCAGGCUGGUGAGAGUGCAGCCAGCGAGGAGUCCGGUUCCUCAUCCAGCGACUCGAGCGCCCCGACGCGCAAAUCCUCCAAGUCCAAAUCCAAGUCCAAGUCCAAAUCCAAGUCAAAGGACAAGUCCAAGUCCAAGUCCAAAUCUUCAAAAAAAUCCCGCUCCGAAGAGGAAGCAGACGACACAUCCGAGUCCAAGAAGAAAAAGAAAUCCAAGAAGAGGAAGGCGGAUGCCGACGACGAAUCUAUAGAAGAACACCAGUUGGAGGCUCAAACCGGGUCUUCGAGUCCGAAAGCCAUGGUGGCCAAGGCUUCGACGGUGCGAGAACACCUGCCUAUCGGAAGGCAGGUAUUCCGAGGACGGCAUAUUGCGCAGAAGAAGAAAGCGCUCUUGGAUGACAAGUCUCUCAACGAGAUUUUCAUGAUCAAAGCAAAGGCAUAG